GGACUGCAGUGGAAUUCUCUCUAGCAGAGGCAGUAAUGAGAAGCAGUGUCAGUUUGGGAGAGUGGGGAGGUAUUACCAGGGGGGUGUGAGAGGGUCAUGUUAAAGAGCCUGCAGCGCUCACAGGGAUCUCUCCCUCUGCUAAGGAUACAGCUCCCACACCCAAGCCUAUACAGCUGCCCCUGCCUGGGGGUAAGUCUAGGACUUACAUUACAGCACAGCUUUGGGGGUGCCAGAUGCAGCACAGCUAGGAUACAAUUCCUAUUAUACUGCUGAUCAUCAUUCUGGGGUGCACAGAGACUGGAGCCUAUGGGAACCCUAACAGUUGCUUUGAGGUUGCCUGGUUGUGCCAAGGGGCAGACGCCGGGCACCCCCUGGUGACACCAGCCGACUGGUUGGAUGGUAUUUACAGUGACUUGGCCCCCUGCAGCUGAUUAAUAGGUCACAUGUGGAACUCAUCUGAGCAGGGCUGGGGUGGAACCUGAACAAAAGAGAGGAUGUUCCCCCGAACAGACUGACUUCAAAGGCACAAGAGCUAUUGCUGAGCUGGGCAAGGUGUCGUAAGGAUAUUUGACAGUGGAGAUAAUGUGAAAUCCGACAUAGUGUUUUGCCUGGCGUUGCUGAGCUUCCCCACACCUGAGAGGGUGACCCCAUGAGUCCAACCCUAACUGAAACUGCCCAUGCCGGGCUCCGGAGGAUGGGGAGCACUGGCUCCACUUGUGGCACAUCCAGUUCUUUAGUAAAGGUCUGCACGGAUCACAAGGGAGGCAUUAAUUGGAUGAGUCUGAGCCCGGAUGGGUGCCACCUGCUGACUGCCAGCGAGGACUGUACUGCCCGGCUCUGGAGGACAUCAGACAACCAGUGCUGCAAUGUGCUGCUUGGGCACAGCAGUUAUAUCACCUUUUGUCACCUGGAGAAUGAGGCGGCGUUCACAUGCAGCGCGGAUCAAACGGUGAGAAAGUGGGAGGUGUCCUCUGGCGAGUGUGUGAUGGUUUAUACGGGACACACCUCCAUUGUGAACAGGAUCUUGGUGGCCAAGGGCUACAUCUUCAGUGGAUCCUAUGACAGAACUGCACGCAGCUGGAAUGCAGACAGCGGCCAAAGCCUCCAGGAGUUUCGGGGUCAUCGGAACUGCGUCCUGACGUUGGCUCACUUCUCCUCCUACGAUGUACUGGAAGCCUUAGACGUGGAAGAGAAAGAGGUGAAAGAAUUUCUGGUGACUGGAAGCACAGACUGUACCAUUAAAAUAUGGGAGGCGUCCAGUGGGUGCUGCUAUCAGACGCUGAGGGGCCACGUGGGGGCCAUUCUGUGUGUCGUCCUGGAUACGUCCAAUGGGGAGCUGUAUUCUGGCAGCAUGGACUGCACCAUCCGCCGGUGGAAUAUGGUCACUGGGGACCAACUAACAGUAUUCAGGCACCAUCAAGGCUCUGUCAUCUGCUUAGAGAUAGUUGGCCGUCUCUUGUAUUCAGGGAGUGUGGACAGAACGGUGAAAUGCUGGCUAACGGAUACCGGGGACUGUGUCAGAACAUACAAGACGCACAAACACAGUGUGAGCACACUGAAAUACCACGCGGGAAUCUUGUUUACGGGCAGUGGCGAUGCCUGCGCCAGAGCGUUUAAUACAAAGUCCGGGACCUUGCAACGAGUUUUUCAAGGCCACUCGUUCAUCAUAAACUGCAUUCAGAUCCAUGACAAUUCUUUGUACACGGCCUCUCAUGACGGCGCCCUGCGUGUGUGGGACAUCAAGGAUCUCUGCCAGCAGAACAAACCCCCCAGUAAGAAAGAGAGGUCCCUGAGAAGCAAGACUUCUCAUAAAGGCAGCCUGUCUCACAUCUUCAAUAAUAAGGUGGGCUGCUCGCUAGAAGGCAGUGGGCAGAGCGAUCCCGCGGAACUUGUCUGAAUUCACUUCUAACCCGGGACAUAACCUGGAAAUCUGGAACAAUCUGUGAAUAAGGGUUUCUACCCAUAAGGAAAGGGUUAGCUAAACAGCUAUGACUUCCCAUGUACUGGGCAGAACUGGAGCCACUCUCCUCAUCUUCUCCUCAACUUGAACUCAUUACUGUAUCUUAUGGACACCCUGGCAGACUCACGAUGACAAGAGACUUCUACUGCCGAGACUGGAAGGGUUAAUGUGUGCAACUUGUUUCUUUUCAAUGGUGGGAACAUCUGACAAACUGUUGGUUUGCUACAACCAAAGCAUUCACUCUUUUAAGCCGUCUCAUUGGCUCAGACUGUCUUAGUUGCCUUCAGAGUCCGUAUGGUGUUACCACAACUGUAUGUUGGUGUAAGAGGCACAAAUCCUGGCUGUUAGGCAACUAGAGAAUCUGUUACUUGAUGUUUCCCAAAAAGCAACUAAAUUCAGUUUAGACAUUACCCUAUCUCAUGGAGCUACUAAAAUUGCCCAUAAUCGCUAUAUGCAUCAUGGAUAUAACUGAUACACAUUGGAUACUGAAGAUAAAGGUUGGUCUAGCCCUGUGAUCGUUCUGUGAUCACUCUGAUUGGAUACAGGUUGGUCUAGCCCUGUGAUCGUUCUGUGAUCACUCUGAUUGGAUACAGGUUGGUCUAGCCCUGUGAUUAUCCAAAUGCUCUGAUUGGAUACAGGUUGGUCUAGCCCUGGGAUUAUCCAAAUGCUCUGAUUGGAUACAGGUUGGUCUAGCCCUGUGAUCAUUCUAAUGCUCUGAUUGGAUACAGGUUGGUCAAACCCUGUAACCAUUAUAAAGCUCUGAUUGGAUACAGGUUGGUCUAGCCCUGUGAUCAUUCUAAUGCUCUGAUUGGAUACAGGUUGGUCUAUUCCCAUGAUGAUUCUAAUGCUCUGAAUGGAUAAACUGGGCAACACAAGGUCUUAUUUACAAUAAAGCACUAGGUGCAAACUGCACUACCACGCAGCAAUAUUCCAAGUACAGUUAAUUAGGGUAGUACUGUAUUUAUGAGUAGCUUAAAUCAGCCUCAUCUGUGAUAUCACCUUAAUCAAAUACAUAUAUAUAUUGUCCUAGAACUUUUGCACAUGUUUUUCAGUCAUCCUUAUUUUUAGGUUUUCUUCAAACAUCACAGCUGAACAUAUAUAGCCCUGUAUACUGUCCCGUUCCCUCAUUAUGUGAGCUUCUUUGCACUAAUGGCAGGUGUAGGGGGUGAAGACCAUGGCAUACCCUCUUGGAUCUGGGGUGCGGCAUGUUACCAGUUGCUAGGAUGACUGCACCUUAGGACACAUCAGUGCAUGAGAGCUGCACUGCUAACAUCAUAUUUGGCGCAGAACCCAGUAUGUGAAAGAGCUUUGGGUUUUACCAGCCCUCAACCUGGAGAUGGUGGGAUGCCAUAGAGGAGCAGGUUGGCGGGGGAGUAGACAAGCUUAAAUAGCCUGGUACCUCUUGAGUAACCUGGUACCUCCUGACUAUCCUGGUACUGACUAGCCUGGUACCUCCUGAGUAACCUGGUAUGGACUAGCCUGGUACCUCUUGAGUAACCUGGUACCUCCUGACUAGCCUUGUACCUCUUAAGUAACCUGGUACCUCCUGACUACCCUGGUAUGGACUAGCCUGGUACCUCUUGAGUAACCUGGUACCUCUUGACUAGCCUGGUACCUCCUGACUACCCUGGUACGGACUAGCCUGGUACCUUCUGACUAACCUAGUACCUCCUGACUACCCUGGUAUGGACUAGCCUGGUACCUUCUGACUAACCUGGUACCUCCUGACUACCCUGGUACGGACUAGCCUGGUACCUCUUGAGUAACCUGGUACCUCUUGACUAGACUGGUACCUCUUGACUAGCCUGGUACCUCUUGAGUAACCUGGUACCUCCUGGCUACCCUGGUACGGACUAGCCUGGUACCUCUUGAGUAACCUGGUACCUCCUGACAAGCCUGGUACAAUGGUAGAUUGUAGUGAAAUUUGGAUAUUAGUUUAAGACAAAAGGAAGACAUGAUUUUGUGUGUCUACCAUGAACAUGUUGUGAUGACAAUCCAAAAUUGGUUCAAAUCAAGCAGAAAAUAAAAUAUGUUUUCCUAAUAAUAA